AUGGAUUCCCCCGCCCAACAUGCUAUCGACACGACGGUUGAGGCCGGCCGUCGCUCUGCCCGACCUCUUCCGCUGCCUGAAUUCAAGUUCAACCCAGGUGCCAGUCUACCAGCUGAGCGGACUUCAAGUCCGACUCAUCCUGUCCUUCAAGAGAUGGCCCUGAACAAGCAGCGUGCUGUCCGUUCUGCAAAACCGGCACCUUUACCCGCAUUCACCUUCGCUCCAAACGUGACGCCUUCGCAGACGUCUCCUAGUCCAACAAAAUCAAAUUUCGUCGACACCCAGCAAUCCUCUCGUGGUGGUCAUCGCAGAGGUGGAAGUGAAUUUGUGGGCGGAGGCGGGACUGAUGGACCCCAGCUAGUGAGCACAAGUCCUGAAAGGCCCGAGUAUCGUCCUCAUCCGCCAAUAUCUGGAACAAGAGGACAUGCCCAUCGUCGUUCGCAAGCUGUCUCGAUCUCUGACAUUGAUACGUCCGAGCUGAUCAAGGCAAAUGCUGUGGCGAAGGCACGUGCUGGGUCAACACCAACCACUCCCUGCGAUAGUGCACAGGCAUUCUCAUUCUCUCGCGCCAGUCCAAUGACCCGACACUCCGUGUCAAGUGUUGUCCAGACUCCUCCUUCGUCCCCGCGCCGGAGGGGUAGCGUCCCUGGGGUACGACCUCGCGUGGGCUUUUCCGAUCAGGUCGAUGUCAUACCCAGACCGUUGUCUAUGAUAUCCUCUGAGACCGAAGGCAGUAGCUCGACCGUUAGGGGAGGACACUCCUUGUCUGGCAGCAUCAAUUCAAUUGCCAGUCCCAUACCCCGACCGACCUUCGUCGUCAGCCCGUCACAUGACACAAUGACUUCGCCUGAGCCGGAGAGACCGCAGACUGCAGACGCACUUUCUACUCUGUCUCCAGGAAUGGCGUUCGAUAGAACGAAGAGUUUGUCUCUGAUUAAUCUGCCAAAGCGUCCUCUGUCAGCCUCGGGAUCACCUGGAACGCUGAGCUCCUGCAGUCCUCCUAAUAAAAAGAAAUACUUCUGGUUCAACCACUCCGGUAGUAGCUCGCCAUCAACCACUCCCCAUAUUGAGCGGGGUGAUCCGAUGGAUGUUUUUGUGUCUGCCACUCCCGCCGCGCAGAGCCUGGGGAACGAUCUGCGACCUCAAACAUCAUCAGGUGAAUCUACCACAAAGAAGCGAAAAUAUCAUACUUGGACAUCGGGAAUCUUCUCCAAAAAAUCAGAGAAGCGAUCCAACAAGACCAAACCACAGGGCCAUCCAGUGCCGCCACCCCUUACAAGGACCCCCAGUGAUCGGCUUAACGACAUCUUUGAUGCUGACGACACAAUUGUGAUUCGUGAUCCCUCGCCUGUCGCAACGAGGGUCCGAGCCGCGGCAGAAACUUUGGUGACAUUACCAGACUGGAGGGCAAGUCCCUACGAAGAGCAGAUUACGAGUCCGACCCUUGAUCUAGAUGCUGCUCUGGGGCCUUUCGGAAGCGAAGAAAAGCUCGGACCAGAAGGAAUUGCCAGACAAGCUUCGCGAUUGGCAAAGCUUCACAGUAGUGAACGCAGAGGAGCCAUGGAUGCUUUUGGUACAAUCCAUAGGAGGACUGAGUCAGCACCCAUCAUGCCCGCUGUCAAUCGCAACAUCUUCGGUCUGCAUCAUAUUGGCAGCAACGCUUCUCUUUCCGAAGAUGUCUUCGACGAAGAAGAGGAAGACAAUUUUCUUGCCGAGGAACAUGCUGCACAGACCACCCCUGUGGACGGUCGAGGCCGGGAGGAAUUUCCAGCUUCGCUUCUGUCGGGCUCGCCCAAUGAAACAGUUGCAGAUGGUCUUGGUCUGUUCAUUCGUGACAGCUCAAGUGAUGGAGUUAUCAUUAUUGACUCAGACGAUGACCUUUCUCGGGUCGGCGCGAGGUCGUCCAACUCAACAAUCGAGGCGCCAGUAUAUCAAGAUUUUGAAACUCGAAAACGACCGAUGUCUUCACCAAUGGCUUUUGUGUAUCCGGCACCCCAGUCGCACUAUGCUUCAUCCACAGACGGACGCACCACAUCUGCUUCGAUGAUGUCCUCACCCGAUGCGGAUCAUAUCUCUUUUGACGCCCUCUCUCGGCCGUCGAGAUUACUUGGAGAACCAAGUCCUGACUUGAUACUUCGUGUAUCCAACGACGAUCUUCCGUCAUUGAGUGACAGUAUUUCCACCGGUGCUGUUCCAAGGUUCUCCAGCAGUGCGGGUACCAGAUCUUCUGUCGAGCAACGUUCAGCCUCUAUGAUCGACCCGUCUACUUCCAGAUCGAACAAUCAGCAAGCGUGGAAACGUUCGAGUUUGGCCAGUCUCAAUCGCUUUAUCCCUGGCUCUUCCCACGGUAGCAAACUCAAGUUUGAAAGUGUCCCAGACAACAGCGUCGAGGACGAACAGAACAAAAAGAAAACGAACAGACUGAGCAAACUCAUGCUUUUCUGGCGAUCGAAAGAGAAGGCAGAGAAAUGA